CUUGAGUUCUCCAUGCUCUUAUAUUUAUCAAGCAUGCCUUGAUCUGUCAUAUUCGUUUGUUUGUACCUAGAGUACAUACCGGUGAUGUGAAUGUGACUGUAUAUAUAUUGGCGAGAAUUGUUUGUGUACAAAAAACUUCCUUCAGCGAUUUUACUUUUCAAGUUAGCUGUGAUACUAGUUAAGUCAACAAAAAAAAAUUAGAAAAAUGACAAAGAAUAUGAAGAAAUUUUGGGAAUUCGGUGGAGGACGAAUGGCCCUGACUGUAGUUUGUGCCCACUCAGUAUCCAUAUCGAUAGGAAUUUCUCAAGGUUAUAGUGCAAUACUCCUUCCACAGUUGAAGGAAUCUCCAGAGUACAAAAAUUUGACAGCAGAAGAAACUUCUUGGAUAGCUUCUCUAGGAACCAUCACAAAUCCAAUCGGUUCCAUUCUCUCUGGGGUUCUAGCUGAGUAUAUAGGCAGGAGGCGAGCCAUCCAGAUCUCUAGUCUGCCCUUCGUGUUGGGAUGGAUCUGCCUUGGUCUAGCUCAAGACAUCAACUGGUUGUACGCAGGUCGAUUGAUAACCGGUAUAGCAACAGGGAUGUCUUCAGCUUGCUACACCUACGUAGGAGAAAUCUCAACAUCGGAAUCAAGAGGCUUCAUGCAAGCGAUCGGCCCCAUAUGCGCCUCAUUCGGAAUCCUCUUCACCUACACCAUGGGCUACUUCAUAGACUGGUCCAAGGUGGCUUACAUCAGCCUAUCUUUCGCCUUCUUCUCUGCCCUCAUGAUCCAGUUCGUCCCAGAAAGCCCCGCAUUCCUGCUCAAAAGAGGCAGGACUGAGGAAGGAUUCAAGGUCCUCCUGUGGUUCAGGAGGAACAACGCUCUAGCCCAAAAGGAACUGGACAGGUUCAAUGAAAACGAGGGGUUGAACAGCAGCAGAGUGUCUAGCUUCAGAGAGAACUACUUCGGGCCCCAGACCGUGAAGCCUUUCCUCAUACUCGUCGUGUUGUUCCUGCUUCAGGAGUUCUCCGGGAUCUACAGUCUGCUCUUUUAUGCUGUAGAUUUCUUCGAGGAGACUGAUUUGAACGUGGACGACUACGUUGCUUCGAUCAUAGUGGGGGCCAUACGUUUCUCCAUGUCAGUUGUUCUGGCUUUCUUGAUAAAUCGAGUGGGCAGGAAGAUGCUAUGUACUCUGUCGAGUAUAGGAAUGGCGGUAACUAUGUUGAUUACUGCUGUCUACGUGAAAUACUACGAGGUCCAUCAAGGUGAAGAGAAAGUAGCCAGAUACUUGCCCUUAGUAGGAGUAAUGUUGAAUGUAGCCUUUAGUAUGGUGGGUAUGCUACCAGUGCCGUGGGUAAUGGUUGGGGAAAUGUUUCCGGUACAAGUGAGACCUAUAAUGACCGGUGUAGUCAUAUGCAUAGCUCAAAUUCUGAUCUUUGUUACUGUCAAAAUUUAUCAUAGUAUGAUCGAUUCGUUGGAGUUCAGUGGUACCUUGUUAGUAUUCGUGGUAUCUUCGAUAUUAUCUGCUAUUUAUUGUAAGACAAUACUGACAGAAACUAAGAAUAAGACUCUAGAGGAAAUUGAAGCUCACUUCAGGGGAAAUGACAAGCAGAAUAUCAAGGGUGUAGAUAAUAUAGGGUUUGAAAGUUCGCCAGAGAUUAUGGUGGAUGAGAAUAAGAAUAAUAAUGGUAUCUAUAGUAUAAAAUUAGAGCACUAAGGUAUUGAAACCAAACUAAAAAGCAAAUGUGUGAUUCCUAUUUUGUAUUCAUUUACACAAAGUAUUACUCUUUGUUGCCU